AUUUUCCAGGAAAAACCUAACCAAACAUAGGAAGAAGAAAAGAAAUGGGAAAAUCAAUUUUAGAAUUUUAGAAUUUUCACUCUUUCCCUAUGGCUCUGCCUCAGCUAAUCCCUUCUACUUCUUCCUCAUCUCUCACUUACCAGCCCUCCAUAAACCCCUCCUCCGCCUCCUCCAAUCCCUUAAACCCUAAUUUCAAUCUCCCUUCCAGGCCGCCACCGCUGUCCCAGUCGCUUCUCAGCCGCAGAUUUCACCGUCUCAGCUCUUUCCGGUGUUCCGCCUCUUCUUUCCCUGAGAAGCAUCACACGAAUCCACCUAAAUCCGAUGACGUCGUCGAGCUGCCUCUGUUCCCUCUGCCACUGGUUCUCUUCCCCGGCGCCAUUCUUCCAUUGCAGAUCUUCGAGUUCCGCUACCGCAUUAUGAUGCACACCCUUCUCCAGACCGACCUCCGCUUCGGCGUAAUCUACUCCGAUGCGGUCACCGGAACUGCCGAAGUGGGUUGCGUCGGCGAGAUCAUCAAACACGAGCGCCUCGUUGAUGACCGGUUCUUCCUCAUCUGCAAAGGCCAAGAACGCUUCCGCAUCACUGGUAUUGUCCGAACAAAGCCAUAUCUCGUCGCAGAGGUCAACUGGCUGGAGGACAGGCCGUCGGGGAAUGAGGACCUUGAGGGACUUGCAAACGAGGUGGAGGGGUACAUGAAGGAUGUGAUUCGGCUGUCCAAUCGGCUGAACGGGAAGCCAGAAAAGGAAGCCCAGGAUCUCCGGAGGAAUCUGUUUCCGACCCCCUUUUCCUUUUUCGUGGGGAGCACAUUCGAGGGUGCCCCAAGGGAGCAACAGGCGUUGCUGGAGUUGGAGGAUACGGCAGCUAGGUUAAAGAGGGAAAAGGAGACCUUGAGGAACACUCUGAAUUACUUGACAGCGGCUUCUGCAGUGAAAGAUGCGUUUCCCUCAUCCUGAUCAAAGUCAUGGAUAAAUCAACCUGGGUGAGAAUUUGGUAAAUAUAGGUAUUCAUCUGUACACGAAUGAUCUAUAAAGGAGUGAAUUUUGAUGUUCAUCACCCAUGUGUUGAAUUCCUAGCGUUUGUCGUUAGAAUUGUAGAUACACUGAAUAAAGCUUUCACGUAAUUCUUCAUAAACUUCAUUGAAUUUCCUGCGGUAGUAUAAGAAUUG